UGGCUGCGGUUGGGAAGGUUUAAUACGGAUAAAAUUUAUCUUGAGGACAGCAUGGCAAAAAAAGACUACCAUUCCCAGUGGUUACUGCGUCUGAGAAGCGCUGCUUUCUGGGAAUGGUAGUGUCUAGGAGUUGUGUUUGAAGUAUCAGGUCUGAAGACAGUGUCUUACAAUUAAAAAGAUAGAGCAGCAGUUUAAAUUGGGACUUUUCUGUAUCUUCUUAAUCGAUAACAGUUCUAAAUAUUUUUUAAAAAAUUUAAAAACAUUAGGGACACCCCGUCUUUAAGACAUGCUUUACUAUCGAUGAUUCCUGUAUCUAGGAAUAGGUAGUUGAUGUUUGUGGGCUGGGUCUCGGUGUGUGAGCAACCUCGUGGUUGCUGAGGAGGCCGGAGGAAAGAAAACCGAAGCCCGGAACACGGCAGCUUCUUGCGUACCUGUGCAAGCUAAUUUUGAGUUACCUCUUUUUGUAGUCUUAAAAGACCAGAGCGCCUGUUGUCUACUACCCCCUUUCGUUUCGGUAAACAAGUCUUGUGUAUAUUCCUCGCCAUGGCUCAGCUCCAGGCACGCUUCUUCACUGACAAUAAGAAAUAUGUGGUAGAUGAUGUUCCCUUCUCAAUUCCUGCAGCCUCUGAAAUUGCUGACCUUAGUAACAUCAUCAAUAAAUUGCUGGAGGCCAAAAAUGAGUUACACAAACAUGUGGAGUUUGAUUUCCUCAUCAAGGGCCAGUUUCUGCGAAUGCCCUUACUCAAACACAUGGAACUGGAAAACAUCUCAUCGGAAGAGGUUGUGGAACUAGAAUAUGUGGAGAAGUACACUGCACCUCAGCCAGAACAAUGCUUGUUCCAUGAUGAUUGGAUCAGUUCAGUCAGAGGGGCAGAAGAAUGGAUCUUGACUGGUUCUUAUGAUAAGACUUCGAGGAUCUGGUCCUUGGAAGGAAAGUCAAUAAUGACAAUUGUGGGACACACAGAUGUUGUAAAAGAUGUGGCCUGGGUGAAAAAAGACAGUUUGUCUUGCCUACUAUUGAGUGCCUCUAUGGAUCAGACUAUUCUCUUAUGGGAGUGGAAUGUAGAGAGAAACAAAGUGAAAGCCCUGCACUGCUGCAGAGGUCAUGCUGGAAGUGUGGAUUCUAUAGCUGUUGAUAGCACAGGAACUAAAUUUUGCAGUGGCUCCUGGGACAAGAUGCUAAAGAUCUGGUCUACAGUUCCUACAGAUGAAGAAGAUGAAAUGGAAGAAUCCACAAAUCGACCAAGAAAGAAACAGAAAACAGAGCAGUUGGGACUGACAAGGACUCCCAUAGUGACCCUCUCUGGGCACAAAGAAGCAAUUUCAUCGGUUCUGUGGUCAGAUGCUGAAGAAAUCUGCAGUGCAUCUUGGGACCACACAAUUAGAGUGUGGGAUGUUGAGUCUGGCAGUCUUAAGUCAACUUUGACAGGAAAUAGAGUGUUUAAUUGUAUCUCCUAUUCUCCGCUUUGUAAACGUCUAGCGUCUGGAAGUACAGAUAGGCAUAUCAGGCUGUGGGAUCCCCGAACUAAAGAUGGUUCUUUGGUGUCGCUGUCCCUAACCUCACAUACAGGCUGGGUCACAUCAUUAAAGUGGUCUCCUACCCAUGAGCAGCAGCUGAUUUCAGGUUCUUUAGAUAACAUUGUGAAACUGUGGGAUACAAGAAGUUGUAAGGCUCCUCUCUAUGAUCUGGCUGCUCAUGAAGACAAAGUUCUGAGUGUAGACUGGACAGACACAGGGUUACUUCUGAGUGGAGGAGCAGACAAUAAAUUGUAUUCCUAUAGAUAUUCACCUACCACUUCUCAUGUUGGGGCUUGAAAGUGAAUGAUAGAUUUGACUACAGAGAUUGUGUCUGUAAAUGAAAUAGAGAAUCCUCAGAUUGCAUCAGUGACGGUUCAGAAAGCAGUCUCUUAAAGUUUAUAGUUUCAUCCUUGAUGAUAACUAUCACUAUUUCUUUAUUUUGUAUUUAUUAUAUAGUAGUGUGUUGUUAAAAUGUAAAAGUGACCUGCCUUCUCAGCCAUAUGCAAACUCUUGAAACUAAACUGAAUUUUUUAUUUCCUUUUAGAGGUAUUGGUUUGAAUUAAGAUUUGUUUUUGAAAUGCUGUAAAAGCAUAUAUUUAAAGUAAUUGUCCAGAUUUUUAUUUCUGAUGGGGACGCUUAAGUAUUCCAAUGUUAGCUGUUUAAGAAAAGUAUCUUAAGAAAACUAAUAAAUUCUAUUAGAAAAAAUUAGAAAUAACACUUUGCUUUGGGUAAAAUAAGUGACGUCUAACCUAUCAUAAGAUUUUGUGGGCAUUCAACAUUAAACAUAUAGAUCCUGCUGCCAAUUAAGAGUUUGCUGGAGUAUUUUAA